CGCAGUGCGGCUGCCUUGACUCUCAUGUCAAACCACUGGAUUGGGUUUCAGGGGUGUCGCAGUUUGCCAGCAGCACAGUGAAGGAGGAAGCGCAGCCAUGGCACAGGCGCUCAAAGAAAGAUUUGAAAAGUUCCUGCAUGAGAAGAACCUGAUCACAGAUGUUCUGGCGAAGAUCGAGGCCAAAACCGGAGUGAGCAGGACCGUCAUCGCGCUCGCUGUCAUCGGGGUGAUCGCAGUUUACUUGGUGAUCGGCUAUGGAGCCUCCCUCCUGUGCAACCUCAUCGGAUUUCUUUACCCAGCAUACAUAUCGAUCAAGGCCAUUGAAAGUGCCACCAAAGAGGAUGACACAAAAUGGCUGACCUACUGGGUGGUGUACGGCAUCUUCAGUGUGGCUGAGUUCUUCGCUGAUAUCUUCCUCUCCUGGUUCCCCUUCUACUACAUAGGAAAGUGUGGUUUCUUGGUGUGGUGCAUGGCUCCUACUCCCUCAAACGGAUCAGUGGUCAUCUACACCCGCGUAAUCCGACCCUUCUUCCUCAAGAAUGAAACCAAGAUAGACGACGUGUUGAAGAACAUCAAAGACAAGGCGUCAGAGGCUGCGGACAAGAUCCAGGAUGAAGCCAAGAGAGCCACAGCAAACAUCAUGUUUGAGGAGAAGAAGAGCACCUAGAGCCGGCCUGUGUGCAGCGUCCUCUGAGCCCACGGCCUCACAGCUCAAGACAUGUCGCCAUCAAUGUCUUUGUUUUUGUUUUUUUUUUUUAAAUAAAUUAUCCUGAAAAGUUAGCACCCUUGGUCUUUGUCCUUAAAAGCUGUAAUAGAUGGUGAUGUUCCACAUAUGAAGUGAGCUAUUUCCCCAAGACAAUUUCCAGUUUGAACUUCUCUUUAUAUCUGCAGGCUAUCAAAUCACUGUUGCCCCUGAUGCUUACAAACCAAAUAAAAAAUCAUCACUGAC